UCAACAUUGAUAUAUUUGAAUGAUUCAGCCGCUUUGACUUCACAUUACAAUCGGAAGAUAUUCAUGUAAAUCUAGUGAGAAAUUCAGGGAUAUUAGGAAUUGUCUGGAAUAACUAUAAUCAUCCAACACGGUCGCUUUUUUUGCCAAACCCUCUGUUAUUUAACUAUGAUGUUUGAGAGAAGUCUAUAAAAGGAGAUAGUGAAUAACAGGAUGCGGUUUUGGACGAGAAAAGCUGAAAUAACUAAUAAGAGUCAAUAAGAACUUAAAUUGUUUUGUAUUUUUGUCCCUAUUUUGUAUUUGUUAAUUUAUUAAUGAAGGUCUGGGAGGAACACUUAAAUGACAAACUGCAGAUCAAACUACUUGUGUUAGGUUUGAAAGUCCAAAGCUUUGGAGUUACUUUUAAAGGACAGAGCUGUUCAACCAUAACUCAAUGAUUUACUUUACUUAUGGUUUUAUCAAAAAACUCUAUAUUUGUAUCUGUUUUAUCCGGUACCUUAUGUGCCCCUAAUACCCGUGUUAUCACUUGGUGAAACCCAUCAGACUUCAACAAUUGAUGGAGACAUGGGUUGCCCUCGUUCAAUACCAACAUGGAUUGUACUAGAACAACAUACCAUUGCACACACACAAACCAGUAAGCCUAUUCACCAACAUGUAAAGAUAAAUGAUGACAUUGUAGAGAAUGUGAAUCUUUGAAGUGUUAUAUACUAACAUCUUUAUUGUUGUAUGUAAAUCAUAUGAUUUUUAUUUUUUGCUUCUUGACUUAGUGAUUGAAUAAUGGUAAUUGUGGUAAUAUUGAAUUACUUUGUGGAUAGUAUGAUGCCACCUAGUCACCCACACCCCAACAUCUGUUGCUUCAAGCAACCACAAUGUUUUUUUCAACUUUAUGCGUCAUGCUAGAUAUAUUUGGAACAUCAUGGGUUUUUUACCUUGCAUGUCACAUUGUGUUUACCCAAAGUAAUCUACGUAUGUUCUUUUCCUCCUCACACAGCAGUAUGACUAUACCAGAGUAUGAGUACUUGGACUAUGAUUACAAUGACACCUGUGAUCAGGAUGGCGGUCCAGAGUUGCCCAAUGGAACCACAAUAUUGCACAUGCUGUACUACAUGCUGUUUUUUCUAAGUGUGCUAGGCAACACCACUAUUUUCUGGGUUCUGAUCCGGUACAUAAAGUUGAAGAGUAUGACGGACGUAUGCCUGCUCAACCUGGCUCUGUCUGACCUCAUACUGGCUGCAUCCCUGCCCCUCUUGGUCAACUAUCAGAACCUCGCAACCUGCAAACUGCUGACAGGAGUCUAUCAGGUGGGCUUCUACAGUGGAAAUCUGUUUGUGACCCUUAUGAGUGUGGACCGCUACUUGGCUAUUGUCCAUGCUGUUGCAGCCAUGCGAGCCCGCACACUUCGCUAUGGAAUCAUAGCCAGCAUCACUAUCUGGAUAAUUUCAGUCAUCAUGGCAAUCCCUGGGUUGAGAUUUGCCGCCUUGGAGAUAGAUCCAGACGACAACAGCUCAAUGUGCCAGCCAAUCUACCCAAAUGAGAGUGAGCAUUUGUGGAAGAUGCUGAGAAACUUCAGCGAAAACACAGUGGGGCUAUUUGUGGGCCUCCCCGUCAUGAUUUUCUGCUAUGUGAAAAUACUUGUUGUGCUGUCCAAGUCCAGGAACUCCAAAAAAGACAGAGCUAUAAAGCUAAUAUUCACAAUAGUUUGCGUGUUUGUCAUUUGCUGGGUCCCCUACAAUGUUGUGGUUCUUCUUAAAACUCUACAGCUGUUCCUGGAAACCCUGAAAACCUGCCAGGCUCAAAAAGCCAUCAACUCUGCAAUGAGCUAUGUUGAAAUCAUUGCACUGUCUCACUGCUUUGUGAAUCCAAUCAUCUAUGCAUUUGUAGGGGAGAAGUUUAGGAAGUCCCUGCGUAAUGCGCUGACUAGGUACUUCUGCUGGAGGCAGCUGAGCAGAGGGACUCUUAGCCACAGAGACACCACCGAGAAAGAGACGUCCAACACGCCUGUAAAAUCUGAUUAUUAAGAAUGCUACAAACACAUUGUUACAAAGACUGCGCAGUGUGUGUGUAUGUGUUUGUGUUUGUGUUUGUGUGUGUGUGUGUGUGUGUGUGUGUGUGUGUGUGUGUGUGUGUGUGUGUGUGUGUGUGUGUGUGUGUGUGUGUGUGUGUGUGUGUGUGUGUGUGUGUGUGUGUGUGUGUUGCAUGUGGUUGCUGCUUCAAAGAGGUGAACAAGAAGAAAGGAUGUUUUUAUUUGGAAAGUGUAACAAAUAUUAUGAAACAUGUAUGGAAAUCUUGAAAUUCAAAGUAUAUUAGUCUUUGUCAAAUGCCAUUGUUUUGUAAACUAAAACAAAAUAAAAUGUGCUUGCUUAUUUCUUUUUAUAAUAAGUGAGAACAACAUAAUUCUGAGAUGUGUGUGUUAUGUCAAAGAAGUGCAUCUUGACAGCAUUGCAUCACUUUAAAUCUAUUGGUGGUAUUUCCUUCUUGGUAGAUUGUAAGUACUUUCCAAGAAGUGUGCAGAGCAGAAUCCCUUUACUCAUUUAAAAACCACUGACUAAUUUAAAAACGGUGCAUUUUUGUUUUUAAAUCUGUAACAAGCAUCUCACUCGCUUUAGAUAUUAGUUAGAACCUCAGUCCCUACACAGAGAAAGUAAUUUGCUUCCCAUACAUGGCGCUAUUUUGAAACUACACUUAUGCAGUUUCAGGAGUCUUUAUUCCAAACAUAAAAACACAUACAACAUGAAAAACUCUUCAAUCCUCCAAUACUGCUCCGGUUUGCAUUGCAUCUUUUAGAGCUUGCAUUUGUCGACUAGGGUUAUGGUUAUCGACAGACACUGUGUGAUAUUACAUGCAUGAUGCACGGUUUGAAAGCAUUGCAGGAAGCUACAAACCACCAAACAUAUGCAUACAAAUAUACUGUAUCACUCUUCUAGGCAAGCCUGCAAGCAAGCCCUCCUGGUUUGGUGAAGAGAUGGAAGUGAUGUUUAAUGGGUUGCACACCACAAAGAGGUGUGAAAAAAUAGGUUUGCACACAGUGCUUUCUGAGCUUGCUUCCAUAUCUGAUCAUUUAUUUGAUCUGGCCGUCCACCUCAUCAUCUUUGGUCUAGAAUAAAACACCACUCUCAGCUAUCUUGUUAACAUCACUGGAUCUGGGCCAUGGCCGCAGCUGUGCCUACUGUCGCUCGUUUCAUUGGAAUAAGUGAGAGUUCAUCUGUAGAAGACUAUCCAAAGUAAGAUUUAACCUAUUGCCUAAACACAUGCGUUUAUAUGCUCUUUAUUUUGCAGUUGUGUCAGUCUGUGCCUCCCUUGCUUUCACUGUGUAACUGUACUCCAGGCCACUGCAAAAAUCAUCCAUCUUAUAACAAGAAAAAAAAUAUGUGAUUUGAGUUUAUACAGACUUGAAACAAGUGUAAUAAUCUGCCAGUGCAGUGAGAUAAUUAGACUUAUUAAGAAUUCUUAAAAUAAGAAUAAUAAUUCUUGAAAUAAGAAUUCUUAAAAUAAGAAUAAUAAUUCUUGAAAUAAGAAUUCUUAAAAUAAGAAUAAUAAUUCUUGAAAUAAGAAUAAUAAUUCUUGAAAUAAGAAUUCUUAAAAUAAGAAUAAUAAUUCUGGAAAUAAGAAAUAUAUGGAUGCUAGAAAAGUGGCAAAUGUCCUGAAGUAAGCAGAAAAACACUUAUUCCAUCCACAGGUAUAAGCCAAAUAUACUCAAAACAAGUUGUCAAAUUUUCUUUUACCAUUUGUUUAUUUCUGAAUUCAAGUAGACAGAUCUCAAAACAAGAACCUAGCAUGCAUUUUACAAAACGUAUGAAUUAAUCAUGACGAUAAUUUUAAACUUAAAUUAUAACAUUGAAAACCACUCAACAUUACUUUGUGUUAGAUAACCAAAAAUGAAGAAUUAUAACUUAAGAGCUUCAAUAUUAUUGUUUUCUCUUAUUGUUGAACAAAAAUUCUCAAACACUGAAUGAUAGAAAGUCAUGUCUCUUGUGUCCAAAGUAUCAAUGCAAAAACAGAUACUGGUACCAGUAUCAAUUGUUAACAAUAACUAGCCCAACUACCACCUAGCUCACCCACAUUGUAUAUGUCUAAGCGAGCAUGAGUUGUGCCCAGCAAAUGGGCACGACUCAAUAUAUAGACCUAAAAAUGACUGGCUUUUUAAUUACAUUACAAAGAGCAAAGUUGCAAUUUUCAGCUGAUCAUUUGUAAAGUGCAAUGAUCAAAUUUGUAUUGCUAGUUGCACCUUAAAAACAAAAGGUGGAAAACCUGCUGGCUGAAUGUGGGCAAUGCCCACAGAGAGGUGGCUAUGGCAAGUGACCCUUACUUUGAAGGUGCAGCUACCUGCAGUUUGAGGAAAGGAGGGCUGGAAGGAAAUGAUGGGCUGACUAUUGCAUUUUUGUUUUUGUACAUGAGUUGUUUUCUGGGAUGUUAUUCUCUCCCAUAGACAUUGCGGGUGAGCAUUGUAGAAACAGGUUGGGAACCUAACUACCACCAAGAUCUACUCCCCAAUAAAAGCUUUCCACUCAGCCAUGGCUUUUUUGUAUGAGGCUGUGGCGUCUCGGUCAUGGAUAGUAUCCUUCAAUAUUUCUGUUUGAAUAAUAGAGGAAUGUUGAUUAUCAGUAGCUGGAUUCUUCAGUUUCUAUCCAGCAUGUCAUUCCUCACUAAGUUCGUAACUCUUUUGCAGACAGUUUCUCAGAUUCGGUAAGA